GGCCACCACCGGGGGCAGCACUGAGCGGCCGGCGGCCUCCGCGCCGCUGCCUCGAAGCUUCUGCCGGUGCCGGGGACGCCGCGGAGUGGGGAAGACGGAGCGGUCGCGGGCCUGCGCAGCCCACCGGGCGCGCGGCGGGGAAGCGGCGUCCAGGUGCCUCUGACGCCGGCAUGGAGCAGGUGCCUGUGGCCUCAGCCAAGGCCUGCAGCCAGGACUGCUGUGUCCCCGGCGUCCCAGGUAAGUCAGGACAGUGCAGGGGUGUAGCUGGACCCAGGCUGCAGGGGGACCACCCUGACCCGCAUCUCCCACCAGGGCCAAGGCCCCCCAAGGCAGAGUAGGCUGCAGCCGCCAGCCUAGGGACCUCUUUUAAGAUGACCCGCACGGACCCACCAGACCUGUUGGUGUCGACCGUGUACCAGGACAUCAAGGUGGCGGCCCCGGGGCCCGCAUCGCGGCGCCCGCCAUGUGAGCGCUCCGUGGCCCCGCCGGCUGUGCCCGCGCCUUUCAACAAGCGCCACUGCCGCAGCUUCGACUUCCUGGAGGCGCUGGACGGGGUGGCCAUGGAAGCCCGCAUAGAGCCGCCGCCCCCAGAGCCCGCCGCGCAGCGCUCCCGGCCCCGCGACGCGGAUCCCCGGCGCCGCGCCCGCUCCAAGAGUGCGCCCCGCGCGCCCCCGGGCCUGGCGCCCGCUCCCGCCUCACCGCCCGUGUUGCCGCGCCGAGGCCGGGAAGCCCAGCGGACUGCGCGGGCCGAGGCCUCGCCACACCGGGAGCCAGCGUACCCCGCGCUGCGCGCACUCGCCAACGAGCUGCACCCCAUCAAGCUGCAGCCGCAGCGGGGCGUCCCUGGCCGCAUCGCGCCCCUGUGCGCUGCCACCGGCCGCUGUGCGCCCCUGGAGCAGCCCGCCGGGCCCGCACCCCACGUCCGCUGCCGCCUGGACAUCAAGCCCGACGAUGCGGUGCUGCAGCACACUGCCCGGGGCUCGCGGUCCUGCGGACCGACGGAGACCACGCCCUGGGCACGCGCCGCCCCGCAGUUCCACGGCCUCACGGUGCCCGGGCCGCGGCACAUGGCGCUGUCGCGCACCCCCACCCCCAGUGACACGUACUGCGGGGAUCCCCGGGCGCUGUACUGCGAUGGCCCGCUUCCUGGGCCCCGGGACUACACAGAGCGCCGUGGCCCGUCCUUCACGAGGCCUCCAGGCCCCACCCAGUUCUUCUACACGGAGGAACCCGAGGGCCACCCCGGCAGCUUCCCCGCCAGCCCGGGGCCGCCCUUCGACAGCUACUAUGGCAGGCCCUUCCCUCCGGAGGAGCCCCCCGUGCCCAGCCCCAGGCGCGGCAGCAGCUACUACGCAGGGGAAGUGCGCACCUUCCCAGUCCAGGAGCCGCCCUCCCGGUCCUACUAUGGGGAGGCCACCCGAGCCUACGGCCCGCCCUGCGGGCCACGCUAUCCUCCCGAGGACCCGCGGGCCCACCCCGCUCUCCACCACUUCUACACAGAGGACUUCGGACGGUACCGCGACCGCGAUGCCCUGGCUCGGACUUACCCACACCCGCGCAGCAGCCCCGCCUGGGUCGACUGGGGCCUGCGGCCUUACCGCACCCUGCAGGUGGUGCCUCCUCCGGACCCUGGCCCGCUGCUCGCCUCUUGGCAUGGGGGCACUGGCACCAGCCCACCCCGGCUGGCCACCGACAGCCGCCACUACUCUCGGUCCUGGGACAACAUCCUGGUGCCUGGGCUGCGCCGGGAGGACCCCCUGGGCCGGGGCCGCAGCUACGAGAACCUGCUGGGGCGCGAGGCACGGGAACCGCGGGGUGCAUCCCCUGAAGGCCGGCGUGCCCCAGUUGUUGUGAACCUGUCCACCUCGCCCAGACGCUAUGCAGCACUGUCACUGUCAGAGACCUCGCUGUCGGACAAGAGCCGCAUAGGCGAGGGCCUGGGCCGCAACUGGUACGUCACACCUGAGAUCACCAUCACUGACAACGAUCUGCGCGCUGCGGAGCGCCCGACUGCCAGGGGCUGGGAAUUGCCCGGGGGGCGAACCCGGCCGACCCCACCCUCCGCCCCUGAAGCCCCCACCGGUGGCCGCCAGCGCAGCCUCGAGCAGCUGGACGAGCUCAUCACCGACCUGGUCAUCGACUCUCGGCCCCCCGCCGGCCAAGCCCCAGAGCCCCCGGCGGAUGGGCUGGGCCGCCAGCUGCGCCGCUUGCUGGACUCUCGGCCCGCGGGUCCCGGGGCCCCCGCUCUGGCUCCGCGAUCGCCCCCUGCGUCAGCCGGCAGCGCCGAGGAGCCCGCGGGCUCGGGACAGGCGGCCGACGCGUCCCCGGAGCCCAGUGCGGAUGAGGAUGACCUGAUGACGUGCUCCAACGCGCGCUGCCGGCGCACCGAGACCAUGUUCAACGCCUGCCUCUACUUCAAGUCCUGCCACAGCUGCUACACCUACUACUGCUCGCGCCUGUGCCGCCGCGAGGACUGGGACGCACACAAGGCGCGCUGCGUGUACGGCCGCGUGGGCAGCGUGUGUCGCCACGUACUGCAGUUCUGCCGGGACAGCGGCCCAGUGCACCGCGCCUUCUCGCGCAUCGCGCGUGUGGGCUUCUUGUCGCGCGGUCGCGGCGUGCUCUUUCUGGGCUUCCCGAGCCCGGGCUCUGCUGACAACUUCCUGCGCUUCGGCCUCGAGGGGCUGCUGCUGUCGCCCACCUACCUGUCGCUGCGCGAGCUGGCCACGCACGCAGCGCCCCUGGGCAGCUAUGCGCGCGAGCUGGCGGCCGCCGGGCGCCUCUACGAGCCGGCCGAGUGCUUCUUGCUCAGCGUGUCGGUGGCCGUGGGCCCCGGCGCCGCGCCCCCCGGCUCCUCCGCCCGGCCCGCGCCCGCGCCGCGCAGCCCUGGGCCCACCGUACGCAAGUUCGCCAAGGUGGCGCUGGCGGCCGGCAGCCCCGCGCGUCCGCCCCCGGCUCGGGGUCGCGAGCCCGAUAUGGAGACGCUGAUCCUGACCCCGCCGCCCGGCACGGCGGGCCUGGACCAAGAGGGCGAAGCCGGCCGGCGCGCGCGCGAGGUCGCCUUCAUCCACAUCCAGCGCGAGCUGCGGCUGCGCGGCGUCUUCCUGCGCCACGAGUUUCCGCGCGUCUACGAGCAGCUCUGCGAGUUCGUCGAGGCCAACCGGCGCUUCACGCCCACCACCAUCUACCCCACGGACCGGCGCACCGGCCGCCCCUUCAUGUGCAUGAUCAUGGCGGCCUCCGAGCCGCGCGCGCUCGACUGGGUGGCCAGCGCCAACCUGCUAGAUGACAUUAUGUGAGCCGCAGGGUCGCGCUCGGGCUCGGUCCAGCCCGCUCAGGGCCAGCCCACCCCGACCCCGCCUGGUCCACGUAGGGCCCACCCCCCAGGCCCACCCCCAGGCCCACCCCCCAGGCCCACCUCGAGCCCCACACAGCCCACUCAAGGUCCGCCAGCUCCCGCAGGGUCCGCCCCCGAGCUCCGCCCGCCCACCAGGUGCCCCGCCCAGCCCCCGGGCCGUCCUCUUGUUCGCCACAAGCUCCGCCCAGACUCCGCCCCAUCGCGUUCUCCACAGCCCCCCCACAGCCAGCCCUGGGGCCUCCCCGAGGCAGGUCCUCGGCCGCUUGGUGCUCCCCGCUGGGAGGCGGGGUGGGCCCGAGGACCGCUCGGCCCUGCCUUCUCGCGGAGAGGUCACUACCGCAGACCCCCCGCAAAGAUCGGUCAGCCCAUCCGGACGUCCGCAAGGCCUCCCUGGACCCUCCAACCCUGGUCGCCGGACCCAGGAUCCCGGGUUGACCAAUGCCAGUCCCAUCCCUUGAACGUGCCCAACCAGCCUCCUGUGGGUUGGGGCGCGUGUCCUCUCUGGAGGACACCCUGACCAGUCCCGCUGUGUGCGUGUCUCUGCACGGCUGUUCCCGCUGGCUCAGGCCCCGGAUGGAGAACCGCAAGCUCCCGAGUCCGCACAUCCGCGGCGGCGCUGGCCGCCCUCCGGUCCUGACGGGGCCCUGCAGGAGAGUUUGGGACAAGCAGCUAUGGAGGGGCGGAGGGCUUCAGCCCAGGCGCAGGACACCCAGACACAGGAAAGGGGCACCUGGGAGAGGGCGCUGGCAGGAUCCAGCCCGGCCAGGGCAGAGGGGAGGAGGAAAGACGCAUGGGAUGGAUGAGCGCGAGGGACCCUCAAGGCCGUCCAGAGGGGGGCUCCAACAGGGCUGGACAUUCCCAGUGGGAGCGGGUGCCCCAGGGGGUGUCCCAUGGAGGGGUGGCCUUACCCUAAGCCGUGGGCUGGAGACACGAGGCCGGGGGCCGGGCUCCACGCAUCGGCCUGGCCCUAGGUCCAUAGCGCGAGUGACCUGAGGGCACUAGGCCGGGCCUCGCAUGAGCCCUCCCGGAACCCCCAGGACUCCCCAUGGGGCCAGGAGAGGACACCGUCCCCACACCCUGCUCCCGGCUCUUCCCCGCUCGCCCCCGCCCCCUGCCAGCCUUGCACUCCCGUCCAUCCCCCAAUGCCUGCGCGCCUGCCUCCACCUAGCGCGUUUGCACCGGCCACGCGCCCCGCUCACCCCACCCGCCUUCGCAGCCUCCUGAGGUUUCGGCCCAAAGCCCAAGGCCUGGCUGGCCAGGAGCGACCCUGGACGGGAUCCCUGCCAGGGGGCGAACGCUUUGGAACCAAGUAAAACAGA